AUGUAUGGAAGCUACAAGCCUGUGACAACAGAGGAUGAGAAAAAUGGCCUGGAAAAUGACCUGGCGCCGGUGGCAUGGCAGGCAUUCACCCAAAAUCAGACUAUCACGGGCUGCCUGUCCAACAGCGUGCACCCAGUGUCGUACAGAGUGACCGAGGGCUGCAAGCAGUUGGUGGCGGGGACGAACUACGCGUUCGAAUUCGAGACAUUUUUUGACUGCACGACGCAGCAGAACGCAGCUUCGUUCGGCUCAGUGACCCUGGACGCCAUAGUCUACCAACCCCUGGCAACUCAGGGUCAGAACACCGGACCACAGGUCAGCAGCGUGUGGAAUAUUACGAAAGCAUAA